UCGUCCUGCUGGUGGUGAGGGAGGAUGCGGCUCUCCUGCGAGGUGUCUGUGGCCAGCCGGCUGCUCCCUUCGGCGGGGCUGCGGGGCCCAGGGCGCGCUCUCCGGGCCGUGCUCGCCCUCGGGAAGGCCGCCGGAGGAGGAGGAGAAGAAAGGGGGCGCGGGGCCCGGCUCCUGCUUAGCACCGCCCGGCACAGGCCCGGAUCCCACUACCAGCUGAGAGAGAAUGUGGAGCACCUUUUUACCAAGUUUGUGGAGGAAGGAAAAGCCACGGUGAGGCUGAAAGAACCAGCUGUGGACCUCCAUAUCAGCAAGGCCAAUGUCAGCCAGCUGAAGACCUUCCUGUCUGCAGUGAAGCUGGCACACCGAGGCUCUGACGAGGAAAGCUUGCCGCUCUCUACCUUGGUUCCCCCAAAAGCUUCUGAGGUUGAGAAGCCAAAGACGAAAAUGACCAUCACUUCAAGGAAAGACUAUCCUUUGACCCGGAACUUCCCGUACUCCCUGGAGCACCUCCAGGCCUCCUACUGCAAACUUGCCCGCGUCGACAUGCGCAUGCUUUGCCUGAAAAGCCUCCGGAAACUGGACCUGAGCCACAAUCGGAUUAAAACGCUUCCGGCAACAAUUGGGGACCUGGUGUACCUUCAGGAGCUGAACCUUCAGGACAACCAGCUGGAGUCCUUUGGGGUGGCUCUGUGCAACUCCACCCUGCGGAAGUCUCUCCAGUCCCUGGACCUCAGCCAGAACAAGAUCAGGGCCCUUCCAGCGCAGUUCUGCCAGCUGCGGGAGCUUGUUCACCUGAAGUUGGAUGACAACCACCUCGUCCAGCUGCCCUUUAAGAUCGGGCAGCUGAGCCAGCUCCGCUUCUUGUCUGUGGCUCGGAACAAGCUCCCCUUUUUGCCCAGCGAGUUUGUGAAGCUCUCCCUCGAGAGCCUGGAUUUGUUUGGCAACCCUUUUGAGCAGCCCACGCCUCUCCUUCCCCAAAUGCAGCUAGAAAUACCCUUGACUUUAUUAGAAUAUGCCGCAAGAGCAACCGUCAAUUACAGGAUCCCCUACGGCCCUCACCUCCUUCCCUCCCACCUCUGCGUUGACCUGGACCUGGCCAAGACCUGUCCCUGUGGGCGCUCCUGUUUGAACUGCUUCAUCCAGACCACACUAACCAUGAACCUGCACAGUGUGGCCCACACUGUGGUCCUAGUGGACAACAUGGGCGGCACCGAGGCCCCCCUCCUCUGCUUCUUCUGCUCCCUGACCUGCUACUCCUGCUUCCUGGACAGACACCUGCGAAGCAACAGCAACGGCCGAGGGCCCUGAGCACAGCCCUCCCUCCUCUCUCCCCUUCACCAGAUGCCUGGCCUUCUGAACAUGCUCCAGUGCCUCUCUGCUGACCCUGAGGGAUUCCCUACCUGGUUUCCCACAGAUUGUUAGCAGGAUAUAGGAAACAUUUUAUGUUUGGGUUCGAUUGGGGUCUGAUGAGUGUAUUUGCAGCCCAAAGGACAACAUCGCCUGGGGACCCCAAGGUUAUCCAUCACCCUAUGCUACAUGGGACUCUGUUGAGUAAGGAACGCUGAGUCAGGUCCAGGUAUCGAAGCACAGUGAGUCAGAACUAGACAGAGAGCAAGCUAAUCUCCUUUUACAUCAUCUUAAAAGAGGAAGGAAAGGG